UACUCAUACUGUUUUUGCCAGGUAGUUAGGAAAGUAAGUAAAGAAGUUAGACAAAUUGUACUUUGCGGCUAUAUUCUCAAUUAUGAGAAAUGGAAAAGGAAUUGGAUCCAAGUAUAAUCAAAUCCACUCAAACGAGUCUUGGAAAGUACGUGAAACGCCCACCGUUGAGUGAUAAGUUAUUAAAGAAACCUCCGUUUAGAUUCUUACAUGAUAUUAUAACGACGGUUUUAAAGACUACUGGAUUUUUCGAAGGUCUAUUUGAAGAAGACGAACUGGUUUCCGAUAAUGUUAAGGAUAGAGAGAGUAAAAUAUUAUUUCUUAAUAAAGUUAUAUCGGUGGUUGGUUUAGCCAAUGGCAAACCAUUAUCGGUGAAGCCAUCCAAAGUAGUUGCAGGGCAGGAACCUGAUAAAACAAAUGAGCUACUUCAAUGUUUAGCUCAAGUUCUUGACAAAAAAAUAUCAUCUGACGAAGCUGUAAGAAAAUAUAAGGAGAGUGCAAAACCGGCACAAACAGUAGAUACCAAAAUUAAGGAACCUGCAAAAGCUGUUAAGAAAAGUACUGAAUCAAAUAAACUUACGUCAAGAAGUAAUGAAAAAUUAACUAAUCAGAAGAAAGAGAAAGAGAAAAGGGGUGGGUCUUUGGUCAAAAACGGAACGAAAGAAAAAGUAAGCAAAUCAAAAGACAGAGAAAGUACACUCAAGCAAGAAACACAAAAACCAAAAGUAAUUAGCAAAAAGGCUUCAGUUGAAAAUGCAAAUCAGCAACCUGACAUUAAUACCCAGCCUAAUAAAAAAUUGUCGAAAGCAUCUAGUAAAGAUUUGACUAAACCAUUAGAUAAUAAAGAUGAAGACCAGGCAAAAAACGGAAACGAGUCAGAAACUGUUAAAUUAGAACCAGAGUCCCAAGCACCACCAGAACCUGAGCCAGAAGAACUAGUAAAAGAGAAGCUUGAUACUUCUUACACAAUUGCAGACACAGACUUAAAUUCUUCAUCAUCUCAAGAUUUAUUAGAAACACGAAAUGAAUUUGAAGAAAACCAGGAAAUUAAUCUUAAAGCUCCUCGUUUCCCUGACCCAGUAACUACUGAAGAAGACCAUAGGGACACACAAGUACAAAACGAAGAAAAACUAAAUGAAAAUUUGCAGGAGAAACAAGAAGAAUUAAGCGUUAAAAAAAUACAGAAUAACAUAAAUAAUUUUCGUCAGAACAGUGUGGAGACUACAGACAAAAAUAACGAAAAUAGAGUUACAGCAAAUACAAAUUCAAUAGUGCCUAGUCAACCAGUCAGGCCAACGAGCGUGAGGCCUUCAUCAUCAAGGCCUGGCGCGCCGCGGUUGAGGGACAAACAUAGUGGGACAGCGCAAGCUUCUGAUAAUCUACUUGUGGGUAAAGUAAACAUCAUCACCGAGAACGCGCCCAAUGAAGAGGAGGAAGACGCAAGCAUCAUUAUUGUAGAUCAACCACAAUCCCAUAAUGCAUCUACAGAGCAACCAGACCAACAGGCAUUAAAUCAACAUGGUCACUUAGUUCAACAGAUUUUGGAUUCACAAAAAGAGUUUUCUCAAGUCUCUGGGAAAACAGAGAUCGAGUGGCAAUUUGGAGCCCAAAAGGCGCGAGAAGCAUCAAAUCAGGAGAUAGAGCAAGUCAAAUUUAACAUUCAAGCUGUUUCGCGCGCUGCCAAUCCACUAGGAAAACUUCUAGACCACAUUCAGGAGGACGUAGAGGUGAUGCGCCAAGAACUGCAGCAAUGGACAAGAACAUAUGAUGAAACGUCCAAAGAACUAUCCAAGCAGAAGGCAGCUAAUGAUGAUUUUUUGCUACCACUACAUACAAAAAUUAAAAAUCUAGAUGCAGCCAUAAAAGAAAAACAAGACAAAAUUGAUGAUCUAAAGAUUGUUAUACACAAAAAUUCAUCUAGAAUUGACAAGCUUCUAGCAAGUGGGAGUGUGCAAUAAUGUUAAAUAUUUUGUAUAUUAGUUUAUAUUCCUCUUUAUAUUAAUAAAAAUGUAGAAGUAGAAA